GCCUCUGGAAUAGCGGUCCACGAUGAUGUCGUUCUCACAUUUGACAAGAUCAGAGUUCGCCUCCAGGGGGCUGACAAGCAGGAGCAGCUGAAGCUGGUGCUCUUCAAGAUCAGCGAUGACGGGAAAUGUAUCGUUGUGGACGAGGACAAGUGCCUGAAGGUCAAGGACCUGAACGGGGAGGAGGACGUAUUCAGGAAGAUCGUCAACAUGAUGCCAACGGAGGACUGCCGUUAUGCCCUGUACGACUGUUCCUGGGAGAGCAAGGACAGCCCCAAGGAGGACCUGGUCUUCAUCAUGUGGGCUCCAGAACACUCAACUAUCAAAAAGAAAAUGAAAUACGCCAGUUCAAAGCAAUACAUUAAAGCAAAGUUCCAAGACCGGCAUCCCAACAGACCGGCAUCCCAACAGACCAGCAUCCCAACAGACCGGCAUCCCAACAGACCAGCAUCCCAACAGACCAUCCCAACAGACCACUGA